AAGAAGAUCGAAAACUGUGACGUAUUUCACAAGGAACACAUGGAAGCAACAGAAUGAUUUUGUCCUCCUAAAACUAAAAUGCACUUCACUGUUUCAAUAACAAACAGUUAAAGUUAUUCCAUUGAAGACGAUAUUUUCCAGAGGCAAAAGGGAUGAGAUUUAUUUGCACACGUAUGUCAAGGACAUAUGCUUGGAUUUGAUCAGUUUCAGGAUUGAAAAGCCGGUGAAUGUUAUUCAAUUUAACCACGUUCUAUAUACGUCUUUGAUUUAACAAAAGCUUAAUGUUCUUCCAACAUGUCGACAAUAAUGAAGAAGCUGAAGUACCUGGAGUUCCCCGACUGUACUCGUGAAGCACUGUCCUACCUGGCCACAUGCUUCUCCUCCCAGGAGGGGGCUGCUAUACCCGGCCUCGGGGGUGGGGCCGAGAACUUCGCCGCUGAUGUUUGCAAUGAAUACAUACUCUUCAGGACGAGGAAGAAGAAAAAGAAAUUGAGUGCCAUUCAGGAACUCCAGUUGUUAGAGAUGCUGUGUACAUGCUUCAAAGAAACCCCAACGAAGAGCAAAUAUCAUAUUUUCAAUUUGAUCUUUGGGGGUAGGGGUGACAACUCCAGCAACACUUUGCUGACAAAGCUGGUUUCUAUGGCUCUAUCUGUAAGCUGCAGCCCUGUGUUGGAUUGUGCUGCUAUCUGGAUGCAGGAGAGAGGUGCAGACAGCCCCUGUGUGCUGGACCUAAGUCAGAGGGUUGUGGAGGAUUACUGUCUUCUCUUCCCUAGUCCCUCUCAAGUCUUCCUCAAACUCCCAUCAGUCUCCCCGCUGUUUGUCUGUAACUUCAUAGCAUCAGUGACUUCCAUACACACCCUUGUAGACAAGACCAAGAUCCUGCCCCAGAUGUUACUGGAACAUGUCACGGAGUGGAUCACGGAGGACUGCACGCUGUGUUGCGAGUCAGUGCGACAAGUCAGCAUCCACAACACCUACUGUUCUCCGAUCCCAGGACUCACAGGCUGGUGUGUGCGGGGGCCAAUCAUCUUCAACAUGCUGCGCGACUGUAAACCACGCAACAUCUCGCAGGAGAAUAUUACCAAGACAUUGAGUAUACUUUCCAAACUGCAUCUGGGGCUGCUUCAGAGUCUGCAGUUCUGUGAAAACACACAUAUGUCUCAGUAUCUGUUGACAGUAGGAGAUGUGAUGAAUAUUCUCAACUCGGUGGUUUACCUGCAGAAGAAGGCGGGGCUUGCAGCUGAUGACCCUGACCUUCACACUGCCAUUGAGAGAUUGGCACAAGUGAUGCAGGUUGCUAUUGUUAGUGGCUGUCUCAGAAUGGAUAGAGGCAACUUCCAGGAACUGAGAUCUAUAGUGUCCACAUAUCUUCCCCCAAACCGAUUGCUUCACAUGGUUCUACAUAAUCUUGGAGGAGAAGAGACUCCAAUGGAUAUCAGGUGAUCAUGUGACGAUCUGGUGAUCAUGUGACGGUCUCGUGAUCAUGUGAUGACCUUGUGACCAUGUUUGGUAUCAUCUUGAAGAAGAGACUCCGAUGGAUAUCAGGUGAUCAUGUGAUGGUCUUGUGAUGACCUUGUGACCACGUUCGAUAUCAUCUUGCAGGAGAAGAGACUCAAGUGGAUUAGGUUACAGUCUUGUCAUGUUCUACAAGAUCUUUGCGUUGAAGGGACUCUGGAUAUCGUGUGAUCAUGUGUCUUAUGAUCAUGUGACCAACUCAUUAGUCUCACUGCAACUUGAUCAUGGAUUUUAUGAUGUACACAGUACUUUCAAAAUCUGGAGAUGUAUCAUUUAAAGGCAUAUCAUUUUCUUGAGAGUGUAUAAACUUGUGCAUUCAACAGCAAUAGGUGGAAGAGCAGGCUUCGACUGUCAUAAGUAUUUCAGGAUUUACACAGAAAAGAUGGAUCUUUUCCCUGAUGUUUUGAGGAAAAGCUUUGGUCAGGAAUAUUUAUUUCUGAGUACUGUUAAUUAACACCUUUGAUACAUUGCUAUGAAAUAGCAAUCAAAUUGUGUCGCCAGAGAUGUAAUUGCGUUCAUUAUUUUCAUAUAAACUCAUUGUCAAAUUGGA